AUGGUCUGCGCCAAUAUUCAAACCAAGAAUGUCUUGCAUACAUUUGUGGCCAUCAACACACCACAACUCAAAUGCGCAGAAAUAAGGGUGACCAAAAAGGCAUUUUUCAAAAGGGCAACUUCUUCAAGUGUUCACUAUUUCCAUUUUAGACAAAUUAAGGCUUUGACUAUGAAAAAAAUACCAUCAGAUCGACAACGCUUUUCAAUCGAAGUGUUUGAACCUGACCAUAUAUUCUUAACUAACAUUGAUCACACUAAGAAAAGGCUAUCUGGAAGUAUGGAACCACUUUCAGCUCAUCCCCUCUAUGGAAAGAGUCAUGAUCAUGACGUUGAAGAGAGUAAUUGGGAUCAAACCAAUUCUCUUGAGCAGGUCCAUUUGGAACACGAACCGUUGCUACAUCAACAACACCAUCAACAACUCGCAGACCACAAUCAAGAGAAUGGCUUUUCCGACAAGAACCUUUCACCGUCCCACUCUGAAAGAAAAGGUUUUCGAAUUUAUAAGGACCCCACAACGAAUCAUAACUCAACUGCUUCUGGGACGAACUGCUUUCAUAAAGAGGAGAAUAUCCAUAAUUCCACAUCGUCUCCUGGAGAUUUCAAUAAGAAUCUGGAGCAUGUUUCACCUAAUACAUCAUCACCAAGCAAUCAUUCCAAUUGUGAAGCUGCUCUUCUACCAAUGAUUGCAAAACGAAUGGAUAUUCCAAAUGCUUCUUCAUUGAAAGAUCAUAUUCAGUUGACCUCUGAAGUUCAAUUCAUUGUCAAGUCUCCGCAAAGAACAGAAAAUCACCCACAUGAUUCAUUCUCAGUGAGUCAGGUUCUUAACAAAGCAGGACUACCCAUUAAGAAGAAACCCAAAUUAGGAAAUCAUUGGUCAAGGUCAUCCAUUGAGAAAUUACCUCUAUAUUCUAAAGGUGCUUCAAGUCCCUCCAAUCAAUGCUCGAAGGAUGAAGUUUCAACCAUUCCAAACACAGAGCCAACCUUUCAUUCACCGGUAUCAAAACCGACAAUUCUCACCAAACAUCCAAACUCACUAUCAAGACUCCAAGCUUUGUCCAUCCCUAAAAAAGUUACCCAUGACAAAGACUUCUUAGUACCCGACAAUUAUGUGGAUGUUUCAUCGAGUUUUCCAAAUUCAUCUUCACAUAAUAUCAAGCAGUGGCAUGGUCUUUCAGAAAAGGACGAGUACGUUCAUUCAUUGAUAUCGAACUCUCAGGAUGAAGAAGAACUACACAACUUGAAAUAUGAGCUUGGAUCUAUGAUUUCAUAUGAAAAUAGUAAAACCAAACCACCAUUACUAGAAACAAUGGAAAAUUUCAUUCACAAUGAAUUACAGUACCUCAAAUCACAGCUAGUACAAGACAAUAACGAAAUGGAAUUCCAAAUAGCAAAAGCCCAGGUGUACAAGGAAUGUAUGAACAUUUUUAUUGAUCACUCCAAAACUUAUGGUCCAAUCUUGUCCACAGUUGUUCAUGAGUUUUCAACAACCAUAGAAUAUUUAAGAGAUCACCUUAUGUCACUCUCAAAGAAAAAUGAAAGUAUAAAUAUUAAAGACGAGAAUGCGGUGAAAAUGCAUCGUCUUUACAGAGAAACAUCCAAUGAAAAUACAUCACUCAAAAAAGAAAAUGAAGAGUUAGAGAAACAGGUUGCAGUUUUAAAAUCAAACGAAAAAGCUUUAUUACACACUGUAGACAAGCUUGGUAUGGACAUUAAAUUGCAUGAAAAAAGAAUGAUUGACGAAAUUAAGAGAGAAAUGCUUUUGAAUGAUGCCAUACAGCAUCGAGAACUUAGGGAAGUGGAGAUUACAAAAAAACUAAACGAGAUGAAAUCUGCAGUACAAGAGAAAACAAAGAUGGAACGAAUGUACUUUGAAUCCAUGAUUGAACUUGAUAAAAGAAAAGAUAUGGUUCCAAAAGGAGAUUAUCAAAAAUUAAAAACAAUGCAUGAUCAAUUGGAAAAAGAGCUCGAGUCAUUAAAAGUGAAAUUUUGUCAGGAACAAAGAGUGAGCAAGUUGCUGCAUGAAAAGGUGAAUGAAGUCAUGCUUACCAAUAAUGUCUUAGAAGAGAAGUUACUUGAUCUUUCAAGAUCACAUACUCCAAGACCAAAGUGGCAAGAGAUUAGACAAGGUCUAAAAUUAGACUCAUUACCUCUUGAUUCCUCCACAGCAGGAAAUGUGAAUCAACUGUUGCAACGAAUGACGAAACUUCAAGCUCUCAUCAGAAAACAGCAACGAGAAUUACAAGAAAACGCUACAGCAUUAGAAUUUUUAAAAACUGAAGACAUUAUCAAGAGUGGGAUGUAUUCCAGCUGUUUUAUCGGACAAGGAACAGGUCCAAAUGUCCCCAAGUAUCUAAGAUUUAGAGGAAAAGUAAGAAAUAAGAGAUACAGAAAGAAAGAGAUUAUGAAUGUAUUGAACGAAGUGUGGAAAUUUAGAGCAAAAUCGAGAGAGAAUCAAAACCAACCAAGGGAAUCCUUUGACGAUUUCUUUGAUGGAUUUAUAAGCAUGAAACUUGGAAAGGUGGGGUCGAUCAGAGCAGAAUUGGCAUACAAUAUUGUAUUUGGAUGUGAACAUUAUUCUUGGGAUAUGGAUUGCUGCUUGUUCCUGAAAAUACUUCGAAACGAAAUAUCAGAGCUUGCAUAUUUUGCAAUGAAAGACAUGAUUGACAAGCUACACAACGCAUUUGUCAAACUUGACGAGACAGAAGGAGGAAGAGCGAAAGGAACAGUUCUAAAAAAGAAUGCCAACAAACUAAUUGAAGUAUUCUUCCAAGGAAAGUUAGAAGAAGACAUUCUCAAAUUGAAAGUGGACAUGCACAAAGACCAACCAAACCAUGUCAUGAACUAUGAAAAAUUAUUUCAACCUGAUUCUGAUGGUUUUGAUUCGAGGUUUCUCACCACUGUAAAACGACAAUUCAUUUCAGAUGUUGAAGAGUAUAGCAUUGACUGUGCAGAAUGGCUUCGAAAGAAAGAAGAGCGUGAAGGCACACUUUCUGUGAGGCGAGUGUAUGAGAUUUUUGAUAAAAAACAAGUGAGCAAAAACUCAUUGGAAAACACGAUUCGAAUUGGUCUCGAUCUUGGGCCUGAAGAGGACAUUUGUUGGGAACAACCUGUGAACAUUGACACCUUUAUGAAAAACAUUCAAGCGAAAAUGUUACUCACAAGAACAACCUAUUCGGACAACUCAGACUCAUCAGUCUCUGAUUUUGAUAUUGAAAAAGAAUUGGAAGCAAUGGAUGCAAAUCAGGAAAUUGAGAAUUAA